AUGCUUGGAGUUAUAUCUGCUACUAGCAGGCAGAUAAGGAGAGUGUUGGUGACACCAAGUUUCUCAAGGAUAGUUCCCAUAACAGGAAAUGCACAGUACUGGUCUUCAUUAUUUCAACCGUUGAUCUUUAACAGGGGAUUCAAGGUAAGAACAUCCGUUAAAAAGUUUUGCAAAGAUUGCUAUAUGGUAAGAAGGAAGGGUAGAGUUUACGUGUACUGUAAGUCAAAUGGAAAGCAUAAGCAAAGACAAGGUUAG